ACAGCUGCCCCCCGUGGUUGCGUCCUCGCGAAGAGCAGAAGUGAAUCCUGCCCACAUGGCACUUUUUAAACUGACUCAUCCCUCGGCAGCAGCUUUCAUUUCUGGUAAAUCCAGAAGCUCCUCACACUUGACUUAAAACAAAUGGUCACUCACAUGGAAAGGAUGACAACGAAGAGAACCUUGUGGUCACCAGCAUUUUGGACGAUGGUCAUCCUGAGCACAGCUCUGGGCCAAGUCCAAAGUGACACCUGCAGUGCAAAAGAUGGAAGUGAUGGGCAUCCUGGAAUUGAUGGAAGAGAUGGACUGAAGGGACAUAAGGGACAGAAAGGGGAGCCUGCACUGCCCACCUCUGGCACAGCACAAUAUGGCCAAAAAGGAGAUCCUGGUCAACGUGGGCCAGAAGGAAUGCCAGGUCCCAAGGGCUUCAAUGGUCGGCUGGGAGAGCCAGGACCUCCAGGACCCAGUGGCCCAAACGGGGACAAAGGAAGCCAGGGUGGCUUUGCAAGUCCCCAUGUGUCGGCCUUUUCUGUGACCCGUACCUUGCCAGAUGUGCCCAAGCCAGGAAGCCCAAUCAUCUUCAAUAAUGCAAUUACCAACAGUGGUGGCCACUUUGACACUAAAACCGGGGUCUUCACUUGCAAAAUUCCGGGCAUCUAUUACUUUGUGUACCACGCCCAGUCCGAUGGUAACCUGUGUAUGUCACUGAAAAGCAAGUCCUCUACCAACCAUGUGCAGGAGGUCGAAUUCUGCGACUAUAAUACUCGAAAUUUGGCCCAGAUCAACUCAGGGGGCACCGUCUUCAACCUGAAGAAGAACGAUCAGGUCUGGCUAGAGGCCGUUAACAACGCACCCCGGCUGGCCACCUUACCGGACUCUUCCAGCAUUUUCAAUGGAUUUCUGCUGUUUCCAAUAACAGUGUGACACGGUCCACAUGGGCCCUUGGUGUUUGGCUGCCACAUCUCAAUGAUGAGAGCAGGGCAGCCACCAGAACACUGCAGCCUUCCACUUUGCCUCUCCCUUCCGCCGCCUGCCACUCUGCUUUACUGGUUAAUUUGAGAGCUGAGCUUAAUCACUCGCUCGCUUCACCUCAUCAGCCGCUUCUCAAAAAUAAAGAGAUUUAAACAGA